AUGUCGGAUACCGAUGCCCUGACUGUGGCCAAGGUGUUCGAAGAAUACAGACGAUUUGGUGCUCCGUCUCUUAUUCGACAUGACCGAGACCCACGCUUUAUGAGCGAGGUCUUCCAGGCUUUCGCUGAAUUAAUACAAGCGCGAUCAAAUUCGACGCUGAGCUAUCGCCCACAACCGAAUGGAAAGCAAGAGCAGUCGGUCAAGACCGUGAUGCAGUCUGUCAAGGUCUAUGUGGGAAAUUCGUUGCAGCAAGAGUGGGAUGAGAUCGCUGAGCGAUUAGUCUUUGCGAUCAACAAAUCUCAUGAUAUGACCAGGAAAGAGACACCAUUCUACUUGAUUGCUCUCGAAAUGGCAAGAGAAUACCAAGCUGUGGAGAAGGCCCGACGCGCUAGAAUCCACAACGAGAACCUCAGUCACAAAGAGCAACCGCGGUACCAAAAGUAUGAACGAUGA